AUGUUUGGUCAGAUGUAUCCACAAAAAAUGUCAUCCUCAUCAUCAUCUUCGUCGUUCUUCAUCCGAGAUAUUUUAAGACCGGAAAGUAACACUUCUAAUGCGACGCCAUCCGGAAGGUUCUACCCCGGGAUGGACCAGCCAUUAAUGGGUGUGUCGCAACCCUACCUCACCCCACCUUUUCAUAAUGGUACCGUUGGGACAGUGACCAGUCCCACUUUGGGAAUGACACCAUACCAAGCCAGUUUUUACACAGCAAUGCAAAGGGGAUUUCCACUUGAUAGUAUGGUGGACCUGAGGGACGCCAUGACAGUGCCUAUUCCACUUCCGGUUUAUAUAAGGUCAAGAUCGCAAGAGGACGCGGAAAGUUUGAUGAAGCCGAGAAAAUGUCGACGGAGCCGGACCGUCUUCACGGACCUACAACUAAUUGGGCUAGAGAAGCGUUUUGAAGGACAGAAAUAUCUCUCAACGCCAGAGAGACUAGAUUUGGCAGAUAGUCUUGGGCUCACACAAAUCCAGGUCAAAACUUGGUACCAAAACAGACGGAUGAAAUGGAAAAAAUUGGUCAUGCAGAAAGGCGGGUCAGAAUCACCGACAAAACCGAAAGGAAGACCAAGAAAGGAUAAUCCAGACACAGAGAAGGAACUUUGUGAAAAAUAUCGAACACAAGAACGAUUGGACGAAAGUCCACCAAUAAGAAAUCACGUUAGUAAUGACAAUAACCAUCCAGAAUCAAUUUCACAAAAUCUUGUUUAUCAGAAAGUUUUCCACAAGCCAUUAUCCGGGUGA